UCAAGUAUCAGUUAUAAACCCUAAAACAUAAUUCAUAACUCAACAUUACAAGUAGAAUAAGAAAAAAAGAAAGAUACAAUUUCUGGUCACGAGAAACAUGAUAAAACUAGAGUGUCUUCUUCUGGUGUUUGUUCUCAUGACUUCUGUGGUUGCUAGAAAAGAACCUUUGCUCGGACGUUGGAGCCCUAUCAAGAACAUCAACGACCCUAAAGUGAUAGAGAUCGCAAAUUACGCCAUUGCAACUUUUGAUAAGCGAUUCGGUACAAAGAAGAAGUUAGAGAAGAUGAUAGAGGGUGAGACUCGAACAGUAGAAGGGUUAAAGUAUAAGACUCGGAUAGUAGCAGGAAUGGACUACUUCCUCAUCUUCAGAGCCAAUGAUGAGUACGGCGAAUUUCAAAAUUACGGAGCAACUGUGCGAGUAAUCGAAUCGCUCCAUUUCAGAAACCUCACUGGCUUUGUUCCUGCCAAUUCUUAAUGAUGUUGUUACACACAUCUAUUGUCUCAUAACGUACGCUACUCUCUUUGUAUUGUUUAAACCAAUAAAAGUUUAUGCUAAGUAAAUUAAUGAGAAUGGGAUGUGAAUCCUAUUUUAUACCAAUAA